AUGACGAUAGUGGACUUUCUGGUCAUUAUUUUCAAUGUGAUAAUUUAUUACAUACUUUAUUACUAUUUCCCAUUUUCAUUUUUACACUACACUUCCACAGUGAGCAUCAAUGAGGUGAUCAACUAUGUGCUUGUUGACUGCUCUGUUUGGCUGACAGUCGCUUUCACUGUCGAUCGCUUUGUCCUCAUUUGCUGUCAAAAGCUCAGGGAGAGGUAUUGCAGGGAGAAGACUGCAGCUGUGAUUAUAACGACCCUGUGUGUUGUAUCGUGCAUCAAAAAUAUUCUGCUGUACUUUGCUUUUGAACCUGGCUAUAUAAUUGACAAUGUAGAGUGGGCUGUUGAUUUCAAGCCAGCAUAUUUUACAUGGCCAGGAUGGAUAACCUUUAACUGGAUUGAUAUAAUCUUUAACCCAUUGUUACCAUACUUCCUUAUUUUACUGUUCAACGCUCUAACUGUUCGACACAUUGUGAUGGCGAAUCGAACCCGCAUAGCACUGCAAGGUCAACACAACACCCAGAACAGCGACGAUCCAGAGAUGCAGAGCCGAAGGAAAUCCAUCAUUUUACUGUUUGCCAUUUCUGGCACUUUCAUCGUGUUGUGGAUACCUGCUGUUGUCUUUUUCCUCAUUUCCAGGAUUACAGAUGGUCAUUUUGAGCCGGAUCAAUACACGAAUCCGUUGCUUAUCGCAGACUAUACCGCAGAUAUGUUUCAACUGUUGAGCUCCUGUACAAACACAUGUAUUUAUGCAUUGGCCCAGAGUAAAUUCAGGGAGAAAUUGAGAAAUGCGAUAAGAUCUCCAUUUAUUGCAGUUAUAAAGCUCAUCAAAUAA